AUGUCAAGUUCAGCAAUUUCAGAUGAUGAAGGUGAAUGUGAAAUCUUUAAUGGAUUUGGAAGUUCCCCAAUUAAAUCAAGAAAUCAAAUGAGAACAACAAAACGGUGGUCAUUCCAUAAUAAUAAUGCCAGACCAAAUUUAUAUGAUUUACCAGUUGAUGCAUCAACAGGAGGUCCACCCAGAAGAUUAAGUGAUAUAACUGGUAUUGAUGGGGUUCAUAAAGCUAUUGAUCCAGUUUAUGAAUUAGGUGGAGCACAAUUAUAUUCAACUGAAUCUGGUAGAUUAUUUCAUGCUGGUAAGAUAAUUAUUGCACUUGCUGGAUUACCUGGGAGAGGGAAGACUCAUUUAUCGGUUAGUUUGACGAGAUAUUUAAGGUGGUUGGGUGUAAAGACUCAUUCUUUCCAUUUGGGGAAUUAUAGAAGAGCAAGUGCUGAAGAUGAUAUAACUCAUGAUUUAUUUGUUCCAACGCCAAAAAGUGAAAAAGCUCAUGCCAUUAGAGAAAAAGCUGUUAAUGAAUGUCUUAAUGAUAUUUUAAAUUUCUUUAAGGCUGAUAAAGGGCAAGUGGCAAUUUAUGAUGCUGUUAAUGCUAUACCUGAAUUUAGACUUGAAUUACAUGAAAAAUUUACUGAAUUAAAUAUUCAAGUUUUAUUUAUUGAAAGUUUAAUAACUGAUGAUUCUAUGCUUAUAAAAAAUAUUGAAGAAGCUGCAAGAUUAUCUCCAGAUUAUGUUAAUUGGGAUUAUGAAAAAGCUUAUAAGGAUUAUAGUGAAAGAAUAAAUGUUUUAGCUCCAUAUUAUAUCCCAAUGGGAUCUCAAGAUGAAGAAGAACAAUUAUCAUAUAUUAAAUUUGUUAAUUUUGGUGAGAGAAUUGAAUUACAUAAUUCAAAUUAUGGAUAUUUAAUUAAUAAAGUUGUAUUUUAUUUAAUGAAUUCAAGAAUUAAACUGGGGUCAGUAUUUUUUGCCAGAUGUUAUAAAAAUUCAUUAGAUUAUUCUUAUGAUCCUCCAUUAGAUGAAGAUGGAAUUAAAUAUGCCAGAAAUUUAACCAGAACUUUAAUUGAUCAUUUGAAAUCUCAAGGUAAGAAUUAUAUUGAAGAGAAUUUAAAAUCCACUGAAUUAAAACGUGAAUUAUCAGUUGAUGAAAGACAACCAGCCGCAGGCGUAGAUGGUGUUGAUGAUGAUUCAUUAGUCGUUUGGACAUCAGUUAAAAAGAGAACAAUUCAAACUACCAAAUAUUUCCGCGAAAAGAAUAUUAAAAUUAGACAUAGAAUUCAAUUAUCUCAAAAGAAUCCAGGUAUUGUUGGGAAUUUAUCAGAUGAAGAAAUUAAACAAAAAUUCCCCGACGAAUAUGCCCAAUAUGAUAUGGAUCCAUAUCAUUAUAGAUUCCCUCGUGCAGAAUCAUAUCAUGAUUUAGCUAUAAAGAUUGAACCUUUGAUAUUGGAAAUGGAAAGAAUGAGUGGAGAUAUUUUAAUUAUUGCUGAUGAUACUGUAUUAAAAGUAUUUUAUGGAUAUUUAAUGUCUUGUUCAUGUUAUGAUAUUCCUGAUUUAGAUUUUAAAACUGAUGAAAUUAUUGAAAUUAAAUUUAAUGCAUAUUCAAAUUCUGCUGAAAGAAUUAAAAUAAAAGAAUAUGAUGACAAUUGA